AUGAAUGGGCAGUUGGAUCUGAGUGGGAAGCUAAUCAUCAAAGCGCAACUUGGGGAGGAUAUUCGACGAAUUCCCAUUCAUAAUGAAGAUAUUACUUAUGAUGAAUUAGUGCUAAUGAUGCAGCGAGUCUUCAGAGGAAAACUUCUGAGUAAUGAUGAAGUUACAAUAAAAUAUAAAGAUGAAGAUGGAGAUCUUAUAACAAUUUUUGAUAGUUCUGACCUUUCCUUUGCAAUUCAGUGUAGUAGGAUACUGAAACUGACAUUAUUUGUUAAUGGCCAACCAAGACCCCUUGAAUCAAGUCAGGUGAAAUACCUUCGUCGAGAACUGAUAGAACUUCGAAAUAAAGUGAAUCGCUUACUGGAUAGCUUGGAACCACCUGGAGAACCAGGCCCGUCCUCCAGCAUUCCUGAUAACGAUACUGUGGAUGGUAGGGAAGAAAAGCCUGCUGCUGCUGAUUCUUCUGGUAAACAGUCUACUCAGGUUAUGGCAGCAAGUAUGUCAGCUUUUGAUCCUUUAAAAAACCAAGAUGAAAUCAGUAAAAAUGUCAUGUCAGCGUUUGGCUUAACAGAUGAUCAGGUUUCAGGGCCUCCCAGUGCUCCUGCAGAAGACCGGUCAGGAACGCCCGACAGCAUCGCUUCCUCCUCCUCCGCUGCUCACCCACCGGGAGUUCAGCCGCAGCAGCCGCCCUAUGCAGGAGCUCAGGCUCCAGCAGGUCAGAGCGAAGGCCAGAUCUACCAGCAGUACUCGCAGCAGCCGGCCUACGGCGCUCAGCAGCCGCAGGCGCCCCCCCAGGCGCCGCAGCCCUACGGCGUUCAGUAUGCAGCAGGCUAUAGUCAGCAGACUGGACCCCAACAACCUCAGCAGUUCCCAGGAUAUGGCCAGCAACCCACUUCCCAGGCGCCGGCACCUGCCUUUUCUGGUCAGCCUCAGCAACUGCCUGCUCAACCUCCGCAGCAGUACCAGGCGAGCAGUUACCCUCCACAAACUUACACUACCCAAACGUCUCAGCCCACUAGUUACACUGUGGCCCCUGCCUCACAACCGGGAAUGGCUCCAAGCCAGCCCGGGGCCUACCAGCCAAGACCAGGUUUCACCCCACCUCCUGGAAGUACCAUGACCCCUCUUCCAAGUGGGUCUAACCCAUAUGCACGUAGCCGUCCUCCCUUCGGCCAGGGCUACACCCAGCCUGGACCAGGUUAUCGAUAG